AUGGACGUGCAAAAGGUUCGAGCCAACUUCCCGGCGCUGGGCCAGGACCAGGUCUUCUUUGACAAUGCCGGGGGCAGCCAGGUCCUUGGAUCCGUCGUUGAUUCCUCGGCGCCACUCCUGGGCGCCUCAACGACCCAGCUCUUCCGCAACUUCGCCUCCACGCUGACCUUCCAGGCCGGGGAUGAGAUCGUUGUCUCGGCCAUCGACCACGAGGCUAACAUUGCUCCGUGGGUCGACCUCGCGAAGCACCAGGACCUGGUCCUAAAGUGGUGGAGGCCCGCCGACCCCGCGACCUCUCUCAAGCUCCUCGCCUCGGACCUGGCGCACCUGCUCUCGUCGCGCACGCGGCUCGUGACCUGCACGCACGCGAGCAACAUCCUCGGCACAAUCCACGACAUCAAGGCCAUCAGCGCCGCCGCCCACGCCGCCAGCCCGUCGGCGCUCGUGUGCGUCGACGCGGUGGCGUAUGCGCCGCACCGCAAGGUCGACGUCCGCGCCCUCGGCGUCGACGUCUACGCCUUCAGCUGGUACAAGGUGUACGGCCCGCACAUCGCGACGCUGUACGCGGCCGCCGGGUCUGCCCAGACCCAGAUGCGCAGUCUCGGCCACUUCUUCAACCCGCACGCCACGCUCGAGAACAAGCUCGGGCUGGCGGGCGCCAGCUACGAGCUCGUCGGGGCCAUCGGUGCCGUGACGGCGUACGUCGGCACCGUGGGCUGGGAUGCGAUACUCGCGCAGGAGGCGGAGCUGCAGGGCACGCUGCUGGGGUACCUCAACGGGAGGGACGACGUCACCGUGCGUGGCGAGACGAGCGCUGACGGGGCUGUCAGGGUGCCGACGGUGAGUUUCACGGUGAAGGGGUGGGACUCGAGGGAGCUGGUCGAGACGGUGGAGAAGGAGACGAGGUUUGGGUUCAGGUGGGGUGCUUUCUACUCUAACAGGCUGGUGAAUGAGACCCUGGGGCUUGGGAAGGAUGGGGUUGUGAGGGUGAGCAUGGUGCAUUAUAAUACUGUGGGAUCGCAUCUGAACCUGGACAACCACGUCUCAACCUUCACCACCACACCACGAAACACCGGCGUGGACCAGCCAGCCAUGCUCCCCACGCCAGACACCUCACAUGUGUCCUACUCAAGAGUCUACGAGCCGGCCGAGGACUCGUUUCUCCUCCUAGACACGCUCUCCUCGCCCUCAGAAACCGCCUUCCUCCAACAGCGCUUCGGUCCGCCCAGCCGUGGCGGCGACAACGACCACGGACGGCCGCCCCCACCGCCGCUAGUCGUCGAGGUCGGCACCGGCUCGGGCGUGGUGCUGGGCUUCGUCCACGCGCACGCGCAGCCCAUCUUCGGCACCCGCGGCGUGCUCACGGUGGGCGUGGACGUCAACGCCUUCGCGUGCGGCGCGACGGCGGCAACCGCCGCCCGAGCCGCCGCCGACAACCCGGCCACGCACGGCACGUUCCUCGGCGCCGUGCGGGGCGACCUGCUGGCGCCUCUGCGGGCGGGGAGCGUCGACGUUCUAAUCUUCAACCCGCCGUACGUGCCGACGGACGAGCUGCCGGCGCAGGACGACGCGCGGCUGGCUGCUGCCGGGGACGGGGAGGGGAGCACGAUGAGCGCGAGCGCCAGGUUCGACCGCGACUCGUACCUGCUGUCGCUGUCGUAUGCCGGCGGCAGGGACGGCAUGGAGAUCACGGACCGGCUGAUCGAGGCGCUGCCGGGGGCGCUGAGCGCGAGGGGCUGCGCGUACCUGCUGCUCUGCGCGGGCAACAAGCCCGACGAGGUAAAGGCGAGGAUCCGAGGGUUUGGGCCAGCGUGGCGGGUGUUGACCGUUGGGGACAGCGGCAAGCAGGCCGGGUGGGAGAAGCUUCAGAUCAUUAGAAUUUGGAGGGACGACGGCGACCACGAUACUAGCACCUAA